CCUAUCCACCGACAGAAUCUUCCCUACCUCUCACAAUUCUUUAUACCCUAUUUCAUCAGUUUUAUCCUAUUCUCGCCUUUCCACCCCUUAUCGUGCCUUUAUCCUUAGUUCCUCUUUAUCCACCGAACCAAAAUCCUUCAAGGAGAUUGUAACCGAUGUUCUUGGAGGAUUGCCAUGGAUAUCGAGCUCAAUGCUCUGGCUACAAAUGGGACGUAGUCUGUUGUUUCUCUGCCGCCUGGUAAGCAUGUCGUCAGUUGUCGUUGGGUAUAUCGAAUCAAACGCAAAUCUGAUGGUUCUGUUGAUAAAUUCAAGGCGUGAUUGGUGGCUAAGGGCUUUACUCAACAGGAGGGUGUGGACUUUCUUGACACCUUCUCUCCUGUUGCUAAGCUUGUGACAAUUAAACUCGUUCUUGCUCUUGUGGCUGCUAGGAAUUGGUCUCAUAGCUAGACGUAACAAAUGCUUUUCUUCAUGGCACUCUCGAUGAGGAAAUAUACAUGGCCUUACCUCCUGGAUACACAGUUGUUAACGGUGAUUCUCUGCAUCUGAAUGUGAUGGUUUCGUUCAGUCACAAGCCGAUCAUACCCUCUUUGUUCGGGGCCCCGAAAAUGUUUAGGACGGCUCUGACUGCAAUACAGGUUUUAAAAUCACUACUCAGCCGACAGUUCCACAUCAAGGAUCUUGGGAGCUUGAAGUUUUUUCUAGGACUCGAAAUUGCUCGAUCUCGUCAGGGAAUUGUUGUCAAUCAGCGCAAGUAUUGCUUGGAACUUAUUGAAGAUGUUGUUUACUCGCCUGCAAGCCAGCCUCUACUCCAUUAUAUCUGAAUACUCGUCUGACUAAAGAUACAAUGGAACCGUUGUCUGACAUCACCAGCUAUCGCAGGCUGAUCGACAGGUUACUUUACCUUACGAUAACUCGACCUGACGUCACUUUUGCUGUACACAAAAUGAGUCAAUUUCUCUCUUGUCCGACCACUGAUCACAUGAGAGCGGCUCAGCGUAUUGUACGUUAUCUAAAAGGUAAUCCUGGUCAAGGCUUUUUUUACUCGAUUUCCUCUGCCAUUCGUUUGAAUGCUUUUGCAGAUGCAGAUUGGGCAUCUUGCCCCGAUUCUCGGCAGUCCACUUUUGGCUUCUGUGUUUUUCUUGGGGAUUCACUUAUCUCUUGGAAAAUCAAGAAGCAAACUACUGUCACCUGCGAGCUUAUUUGGAUCCGAAAAUUACUCAAUGAUUUGCAAGUUGAGGUUUCUGAUCCGGACACUGUGUAUUGUGAUAAUAAGUCAGCCAUCUACAUUGUUUCUAAUCCGGUCUUCCACGAGCGCACCAAACACAUUGAUAUCGACUGCCAUCUUGUGCAUGAGAAGCUUCAAUCUGGUUUUCUGAAGAUGUUACAUGUUCCUUCACAUAAUCAGCUGGUCGAUCUCUUUACCAAGCAGAUGCAGCCUGCCCUAUUUUCUGCGCUCUUUGAGAGAUUACAUAAUUACAUUUGUCAAGUCUCUUUCUCCCGUCCGCGACUUGAGGGGGGCGUAAUACAUAUAUGAGUUCAAGCCCAAUAAGGGUCUUAGCCCAUUCUAAAAUAAUAUCAGGCAUAGGAAGAAGAAAGAGACGCGAAAACUUGAUGAUAAGCAUUCUGUUCAUCGUCGAUUCUCUAACGUCUUUCCACUCUUUUUAUCCUGUUGUAAUUUGUUAGAGUUUGUUAGAAAAUUUGUUAUUUUUUUUUGUAUAAAUCUCAAGUACAGAUCGAUCAAUCGAUCAAUGA